UAGGAGGACUUCAAAGCUCAUUCGAAAGAACAAACGUCAGCUCUGAAAUUUUCUAGUAAUUCAGUAUUGUCCAAUUGCCAACCAUGACUAAGAGGAAAUUUCCCUUGAAAGUCCCAUGAAUUAUCAACUAUUUUUUUUUAUUUGAAGGAUCUCUAUAUUCAUAAAAGUCCCAACUUAAAGAAAUAAAUCGAAUUUCAGUUUAAUUGAAAUAAGCAGAGGCUUCAGAGGAAGAAGUUUGAACUAAAGAAUGGAGCAGGUAGAUGAAGCAGUGAAAGAUGAAAGAGAACAUGUCUUGGCUAUUGGUUUUAGGAUCAUGCCUGGUGUUUCCCCUCUGGCAUCUAUUUCUCAGUCUCAGCACCAGCCAUUUCCAACCCCUUCACCGUUCUCUUUCUCGGUGGCUUCGACAAGGUGGAGCUCAAGACCUUUGAUACAUCGUCACUCGAAUCUCUUCCUUCGGUUCUUGGUGCUUCUCUUCUCCUUUAUCUCAGCUCUCACACUGGUUACCCCAUCCACAAACAAUAGACACCAUCCAUCUCCUAGCUUCACCGAUUACCCAGAAUUGAUAUACUGCUUCAUUGUAGCCAUUAUAGCUUUGGUGUACACAGCUUUCCAAUUGUUUAAAGGCAUUAGUGACAUUGCUCAUAGAGGCAUUCUGAUCUCGGAUUUAACCUCAGACUACCUAAGCUUUGUCCUUGACCAGUUGUUGGUUUAUCUUCUCGUCUCAUCUGCUUCGGCAGCAGUGCCAACCAUUGGACAGGUUGAGCGAGGCACAGCACUUAGGAAGGGAACCAUCGCAUCAACCAGCAUGGCCUUUGCAACAUUUCUAGUUAUGACAAUUUGUGCUAUCUUGUCUGGCUACAAGCUUUGUAAGAGAAUUGGCUGGUGAAUUUGCUGUGUGGUUGCUUCCUUCUGCAAGUAAUUGUUUCAGUGUUUAAAUAAAUAAACUGCAUAAUCUCGUUUGUGUGCAUAUAUUAUUAUCUACAAAA